GGGGGCGUCAACUGGUGCCAGGGGCAUCGAUUUGUGACCCUUUCUCAUCAGGACGUUUGCGCCUGGAAGGCCUCGCCUGAGCCGAUUGCCUCGCGGGUGCAGCAUUCAUAAACGGUCGGCUUCAUGACGUCGUUCUGGCGAUAGAGUUACCGGGACAGCGGCUGCACUUGUGGCGACGCGCUUGCGCCGGGCACGCGCCAGUGUUGCCCAGUUUUGUUUCAGGUCUUGGGACCUUCACGUUAGAUAGAAGAAUUUGUUCAAGAUGGCGAACGUAGACAACUACUUCUCGGUGCUGGCGCUGUUCAUCCUCUUUCGGGAGACCAUUGAGGCGUCCAUUAUUUGUGGUGUGCUCCUCCAAUUCCUCAAUCGCGCCAAACCAGCAUUGAAGAAGUCAGUAUGGUGGGGCGUGGCGGGCGGCGUGGGUGUCAGUAUCAUCUUCGGCAUCAUCUUCAUCGCAGUAUACUACACAGCUCAAAGCAACCUGUUCAAAGGCACGAAUCGUGACUGGUUCAAGGGCAUCAUCAGCUGGAUUGCGGCAGCGCUCAUUACCUACCUUGGCUUUGCUAUGCUUCGCUUCGUCGGCUGGGAGGAAAAGUGGAAGCGCCGGCUGGAGGCCGCGGUGCAGCAAAAGAUUCCGAUCGCCAAGGUUGAGGGCGAGGAGGCCGUGGGCGGCGCCGCCAACGACCCAGCAGCCGUGGAGGGCGCUGCCCCCGCCUCCAAGGACGGCGCCAACGGGUCCGCCGCCGCAGCAGCCGGCAAGUCGGCCGCCCUCACCAGCUCGCCCACGCUCCAGACCACCUCCUCCUCCUCCGGCAGCCGCACGCGUACCUCGGAUGAGGCCAUCCUGGCCAAGCCCGCCGCCGCCAUCUCUCCCGCCGCCGUGGCCUCCGGCUCCGGCCCCUCUAUCGGCUCGGGCCCCGCGCCGGACGUGCUGCUGGCGGCCCGCGCCACCACUGACCUGGAGCUGGGAGCCGGCACGGACGAGAAGACGGGCGCGGCACUGGUGGUCGCGGCGGAUGGCGAGGUGGAGCCCGCCAACAUGAUCACGGAGGACGGGCGCGACAUGAGCCCGCCCACGCGCAAGGAGCACUGGAACAUCUUCAUGCUGGUGUUCACCACGGUGGUGCGCGAGGGCAUCGAGAGCGUGGUGUUCCUGGGCGGCCUCGGCAACGUCAAGCUGCAGGCCAUCCCGCUGGCUGCGCUGGUGGGCAUCACGGCGGGCGUGCUGGUGGGCAUGUUCCUGUACUACUCGGGCCGCACCGUGAAGCACAUCAAGUGGCUGGUCAUCGGCAUGGCGGUCAUCAUCUUCUUCAUUGCCGCCGGACAGGUGAACAUCGGCACGGACUCUCUCAUGCGCGCCGGCAUGUUUGGCUACUGCUCGCCUUGGCUGGACGAGCGACCCUGGUACAUGAUUCCCUUGUACGACUGGAGCGCCUGCUGCGCCGACACCGACCCCACCGGCACCGAGCCCACCGACGUCCAGAACCGCAAGCGCUUCUUCGCGCUUGCCCGCGCUAUUUUCGGCUACCAGGACAAGGCCACGCCGCUGGAGGUCAUCAUCUACUGCGGCUUCUGGAGUGUCAUCUUCGCCGUCAUGGCCAUCAAGGCAUGGCGCGCCGAGCUGUUUGAUGCCGACUACAAGCACAACCGCGAGCUCAGGCGGCUGCGGAAGGAGGCGCGCCGGCAGGCCGAGGCGGAGGCGGCGGAGGCGGCGGCUGCGGCCGACAAGGUGGCGGCGCUUGAGGCGGGUGAGGCUAGCGGCGCGCUGCCGACGGACGCCGACAUCAUGCCGGACCUCGGCGCCAGCAACGUGAAGCUGUGCGUGCAGCCGGAGGGCGCGGCGCCUGCCGCUGAGCACAAGGCGGCGGCGGCGGGCGGCUCUGCAUGACGCGGUGCCAACUUAUAGUUGUCACUCUAUAGGUGCUAGAACUGUUAGCAGUGCCGGGGGUCGCGCAUCGGUGCAUCAGCUGUUUGCUGCAUGCGCGAUGCUUCUUGUCAGGGGCUGGCUAACCAGCUAGCUACGUGCGAGUUGCGCUCUUAUGUGUUUUGUUCUGGGGUGCCACCUUGCACGGGUGCGUUGCGGCUGCGCCCUACCGUAGCCAGCCUGGAACGUGCCAGCGAGCUGGCCGUGUCGAGGCUGGGGCUGCUUGCCUGCUCUGCAUUGAUACAAGCGUUGUUUGGGUGGUUUGGCCCCAUGCUGCUGCUGCGGGUGAUUUUUUAUGCGUCCAUGGACCUGCGCACCGUGCCUGCGCAUGGACAUGGGCCAAAAAGACGAUGUCGCUAGUUCGAGCGCAAUGUGCAUGUUAUGUCAUACGAGUGCAGAUGACCUUGAGUAAGCCCCACUGCUUUUCGCUUGGAAUUAGGCCGGCGCAAACCUGGCAGGUGCAUAGGGCUGGGCAGGAGGCGGUUGAGUGUUUCGGGGUUGGGUGGCAGGGUCUUGGCUGCGCUAUCGACAUGCUGUUCGGCGACACACGCGCCGGGUAUUGCAAGUCACCAGGCAGGUCGGGGGCUAUGAGGUGUCGGUGUGGUGGCGGUUUCUUGACCAGUAAUGUAUGAGCGAUGUGAGCUAAUGCAGGGACCUAGAACCCAGUUCUGUACGAGAGGCUACUUGCCGCGGAAGUCGGGCCCUACUACCGUGGAGGCAUGUCGCACCCGUGGAGGGCACUAUACGAGAGGCAGUGAGCAAGAUGAUACCUUAGGGCGCAUGAUACCUAUGCUUGCACAAGAAUUAUUUAGGAGCGGGGCGGUCGAUGGCUUGGGCGAUCGUCCGACUCCCCACGUGGAAAGGUCGGUCAGAAUCGGUCAUGUAACCGGUGCACCCACGGAUCACCUGGAGCCCCGCGAACAUGUGUAACGUGACGAGCGG